AAGCUGGUGGUGGUAGGAUUUGUGCUAUUCGUGGAUCAACUUUCAUCCCUUCUCUUGCUUUCUCUUAACUUUUGCUUUAAACUCGCUGUUUCGGUUUUUGGUAUUCUUCCUAAGCAUUGGUGAAAUUUUAUUGCUUCAUCCUUUUAUAGUGUCUGUAAUAAUUUGAAAUAACUACUCGGGAACCUGUUUCUGUAUAGAAGAUUAGCUUCAGCACUGCUAUGAAAAUCGCUGACAUUAGCUGAUUUUAUUUGCUUUUUUUUUCUCUCGCCAUUCGACAAACAGAAAGAAAAAACUUAAGAUGAGUGCAUUCGGAUGGUUUAUUUUUAGUCUCAUCCUGAUUAGAGAAGUUCAAGGUUGCAGUUGAUGCAGACGUUUUUCGCCAAUCAUCAUAAAUCUUUCAAAGCGUUUCAUAGGGUUUUCAUGAGACAUAAAAAUAUUUGACACAAAGAGCGUAUAAAAUUUACAGCCGAUGACACGAAACCGACUAAUAGCGUUCAGUUCAGCUACGCAGGCUCACGCGACGGGAGGAUCUUUUGCGACCGCAGCCUCCGGAUCGUACGCGUACCACUAUCAACUUCCGGCAACUUCUUCACAGCAGCAGCAACAGUUGCAGCAUCCGUAUCCGGCACCGUACACAGUCCAAACUAACUUGCAAGAUUUUUACAACAGCUUCCACAAUUUGUAUCAGCAGCAGCUAAACCACCAGAACGCCCUCUUCAAUAGCUUCCGGCAGCAGCAACAGGCAUUCGCAGCGGCCGCAGGAACCCAAGGAGCUCAGGGACAGCAGCAGCACUUCGCCGGUGGUGCUCCGAAUGGAGGUCAGUACGGAUUUGCUGGAUCAUCGGCUUCCUAUGGCCCAGGGGGUUUCCACCAAACUGCGCAAAUCUAUCCAGAGAAUCCGGGAUCGCCAAACAUUGAUACCCGUUUUGGUGGAUCUCAACAAGGAGGACCAGGUUUCGUCGGAGUGUCCAGUUUCUCAUCGUCAUCGAACAUCAACGGUCAAACCCACCGUGAAGCGGCUACUUCGGUCAAUGACAACGGCAAGGUGACCACCUAUCAUGUCCGUUCUUAGAUCGGCUGAGAGCCCUAUCGGUCAGAGGAUCUUGCACAGGACGACAGUACAUGACUUAGUUUUUGGGAGACUGUUUUUGUGAUUUUUCUAAGUUCAUAUCACAAUUAUACGGAACCCAUCCCCUUCAAUCAUCAUGGAUCGCUAGGCGACGAUUAUCCCCAGUGCGUACUUACAGUGAGAAGACAAUAAAUUUUAUUUUGAAUAAAAUUAUUACUAAUCUGA